AUGCUCGAGCACGAGGUGAAAAUCGUGCGCGAUCCGAUCCGCCGCGCACGGGGAGAGAGAGCAAUGGCACACCUGUUACUGAGCCAGAUUGACGUAGUGGAGCACCGGUUCGACGAUGAGAAGGUGUCGAGGUGGCUGCGGGACAACUGGACGCUCACUCUGUAUGCCAAUGCCGUCUACCUGGCCGUCAUCUUCCUCGGUCGUCGCUGGAUGAAAGACAGGAAACCCUACUCUUUGCGCAAGGCCCUGACUCUCUGGAACACAGGGUUGGCCGUCUUCAGCAUUAUGGGGUUCCUUCGGUUCUACCCUGAUCUGCAGGCCGGGGUCCUGGAGAACGGCUUCACUCACUCGGUCUGCAACAACCACCUCAUGCUCAACCCACCGCACAACCUCUGGGCCCUCCUCUUCAUCCUCUCGAAAGCGGUCGAAUUCGGCGACACAAUUUUCAUAGUCCUACGAAAGACGCCGCUCAAUUUCCUCCAUUGGUACCACCACAUAUCAGUGUUUGUUUACUGCACCUAUAGCGUGUCUCAUCGAGACCCCACUGCGGAAUGGUUCGGAACCCUCAACCUAUUUGUCCACUCCGUCAUGUACUCUUACUACGUCCUGAAGGCUUUCGGUGUCCGGAUACCGCGGAGCGUGGCCCAGAGCAUAACUCUGCUGCAGCUGGCCCAGUUUGUGAUGGGUCUGACUGUUCUGGGCACUGUUUAUCGCGUCAAGACACUCGGAGGGCCUUGCAAAUCGCACGACAGUGUCCUGUGGUACGGAGUCCUAAUGUACGGGUCUUACAUGGUGCUCUUUGGUAACUUCUUCUAUCGGAGAUACCUCAGACCAUCCAAAUAG